AGUUAAUUUAACAAAGCAAGGCCCGACCCUCGUUUCCUUUUCUCAGGCGCGCUGUGUGCAAAGCGCAACCAAACUCUUCGUCUUUUUCCAUUUCCGGCGAAACACUCUCCUUCUUAUGAUUCUUCUCCUCCGCCGCCUAUCGCAUCUCGUCGUCCUUCGUUGAGCGCAGCCGCCGCCUGGUAUGCUCUUCGUGAUUUUUAGCACGCGCGUGCAUCCGACUCAAGCAUUUCAUCAAACAAUUGAUGUGCGUUAUUCCAACUCCGCCUUUCCACUGGAAUUGUAGCCAACACCAUAUUAAAUCAUUUGGAUUCAGUAGAAAACAAUGCCUGUGAGAAGAAGUUCAAGCAAUGACGGUUCUGUUAAAGUUAGUAGAAAACCGAGGGUUGCCGUAGGGAGCUCAAAAGGGUCGGAAGAUGGUGUGAGAACCCCACGGUCAAGGGAUAGUGGUAUUGGUAGAGGCCAAAGGAAAGCAAGAGUUCCAACGGAUGGGUCGAACGGGUCAAGUGGUAGUGUUAGAACUGGAGAUGGUAAGAAGAUAGGGAAUAGAAAGUUGCAAAGCAGAGGAAAUGGUAGUGAUGAUGUUCCGUAUCACAGUGUGAAUGGAAGAUCGAGUGAUACACGUGGCAGGGGGAAAAGGGAUUGGAAAACGAAGAGUGGGAGCGAGGGGCUUGAAGCAGUUGUUGAUGGGAAGUUAGAUAGGAAGAGGAAGAGAAUCAGUGCUGAUCCUGGGCUAGUUGAGCAAGGAAAGUUCGGUGGUAAUGAUAGAAAGUUUAGGUCUCAAUCUAAAGAAAAUGUGCUCAACUCAAGUAGGGAUAAAUUCAGGGGAAGUGAAUCACUUGGAAAGGAUUAUGCAUUUAAGGACUCUAGAAGAAACAAAUCAGACUCAUGUAUGGAUAAUGGAAAGAAGCUGUCGAGGCAAAAGGAUUGUGAGUUUACGGACUCUAGCAGAAACAAACGGGUGACAGAGAGUCAUAAAUUCAAGGGAAGUGAAUCACUUGGAAAGGAUUAUGAAUUUAAGGUCUCUAGCAGAAACAAAUCAGUGACAGAGAGUGGUAAAUUCAGAGGAAGUGAAUCACUUGAUAAGAGAGGUCAGAACGGUAAGAUGGGGCGUGCUGAUAAGCCAAAAUAUGUUAGAGACAAUGGCUUAGGGAAUGUAAAAUCAAAGAUAAGUGAUAACAGGAAAGCUCCUUUGGCCACACAAAAGGAGUUGAAUCAGAGAAUAAAUGCAGUUGGUUCUGUCCGUCACAAUAGAAAGGAUCAGAGAAUGAAGGCCUUGGUUAAUGGUUCAGAUUUAACAGAGGCACCACCUAAGAAGAAAAAACGAGGUUUCCGGAUAGAUCCUUAUGAUACAUCGAACAAGAGAUUGGAUGAUAGCAUAUCUGAUAAAGGUAAUAAUCUGGGGAAGAUGGAUGAGACAGAAAGCAGUGGUUCUCAAAUGUCAAAGAAUGCGCAAUUUCGUGCUAUAUGUCCUAGCUCCUCCAUCCUUUCCUUUGUAGAAGACAAUUUAUUAGGACGUAGACGUGAAAUUGUAUUUAGGAGAGCUGGCUACAACAUUGAGCUUCCUGCUCCUUUAGACAACAUACCCUUCUCAACGACUCCAGAAAGAGAACGGAUCGAAGUACCAGCAUUUAGAAACAAAUUAGAAUUCUUUGCUGCUGCAAAGAUUUCCUCAUCAUUUCCCCCUCCUGAUCUUCCUGAGAUUGCAUUUGCAGGCCGGUCAAAUGUGGGAAAGUCAUCAUUGCUCAAUGCACUAACGAGGCAAUGGGGUGUUGUACGGACGUCAGACAAGCCGGGCCUCACACAGAGUAUCAAUUUUUUUAAGCUUGGACCAAAGCUAUGUAUGGUGGAUUUGCCUGGAUAUGGUUUUGCUUAUGCCAAAGAAGAGGUGAAGGAAGCAUGGGAGGAACUUGUAAAAGAGUAUGUCAUGACACGUGUUGGUCUAAAGCGGGUAUGUCUUCUUAUAGACACAAAAUGGGGUAUGAAGCCAAGGGAUUUUGAACUUAUUGAUCUGAUGGAAAGGUAUGAGACAAAGUAUCAAAUUGUUUUAACAAAAACUGAUUUGGUUUUUCCAAUUGAUGUGGCGCGACGAGCAAUGCAAAUUGAAGAGAACCUCAAAGCAAAGAAAUCUGCAGUUCAGCCCUUGAUGAUGAUAAGCUCGAAAACUGGUGCUGGUAUCCGAAGUUUAAGGACAGUACUAGCUAAUAUUGCCCGGUUUGUCCCACGCUAGAAGGCGCUUCUUGAGAGUUAUUCCAGUGAUGUGAUGCAUCCCAAUACUAAGGUCAUUGUGCAGUUGAUAUUGAAUAGAGAAAUCAAUGCGUAAUCGGAAACAUAUUUUAACACUGGCUAUCUCUGAAUCAAAAAUUGGAUAUUGUGUCUGUUUCUGGGAAUGUUUUCACUUUGUUAUCAAGGAUUGGAUAUUGUAUUUGUUUCUGAGUCUUUAAGAGGAUUUUUUUUUUCUUUCUCAUGUUUGGAAUUUUAAGGAUUUAGUUUAGCCCCCAUCUAUUUGUGAGUGGAGUUAAGAUAAA